UGAUAACUUUCGGGCUGAAAUAUGCUCUUUAACUUGAAAAACAGGAAUGCAUCCAAUAACUUGUAAAUUAUCAACGUUUUCAUAUUUUUAUUUGGUUUAUUCAUGCUCUCCCGAAUAAAAAUGAUUUAUUGCUAUAGUUGUUGGUUGGAGUAGGAAUGGCAGUAAUCAAUUAGCGUGAAAGUUGAUAGAAAAAGAUCAAAAUUAAAAUGGAAAAAUUGUACCAGAAAAUAAGAAAAUGUAAACUUUGGAAAAGAUGACAUGUCGUUCGCGAGAAUGUUUUAGGAUUUAGCUACCGCUAAAACGUAGACCGGCGACAAUCUAUCUCAACUACUGAGAAACAAUGCUUUUGUCGCCGCAACAAGAUUUGCAGGGGAGGGGAAAAAAUUAAGUGUACUUACAGCUCGCAUGAUAUGACUUUGUGCUCUUCAAAUGGCCACGAUGUGUGUGUUUGUGCUAGAUGUGCAAACCAGAAGAGACGCUACAAUCCUCGACAUACGUUUGGCAAAUUUGGGAAUCGUUGAUUACGUUUGUGACAUCAUAUAUUACGUUCGUCAACUUUAGCACGCGCAAAAAGCUACAAAACGAACCAUUUGCGUUGACUGCUCGUGUAUUUCUAGCAACAAGUAAACAUGACUUCUUGGUGAUCUUCGAAAAAAAAAUUAAUGUUUCUGUUUUAAAUACUAUGCAAAAACGCGGUUUACCUUACGAAUUAGGAAGAGGUAGUCUGGGUCUUGGGCGGCAGAUUCAAAUCCAAGAUGGCGGCCGCCAUGGCUGGCCGUGUGGAAUUAAUCGAGUUUGUUCGCCCGGAAAGCAAUGACGUUAACUUGUACAUUACUGGCAUAAGCAAGAAACUAGACGCAGAACAGGCCGAAAUAAAACUAAGAGGGAUUUUCUCAAGAUUUGGCCUAAUCUAUGAAGUUCAAGUUGUGGAUACUCUGAGCUCUGAAAACGUAGAAGGGCCUCAGUUCUUAGGUGGGAAUACUGGAGGUCUUUAUGCAUUCGUUAAGUUUUACUCUGCCAAGGCAGCGUUGAGGGCUAAAGAAGAGGUUAACGGCAAAUGGCUGAUUGAUGGGAAUAUUCUAAAGGUCCAAUUUGCCAGUCGUAAAAAGCCAAGUGGUGUCCCAUCCCCACUGUACAUGGCCAAGUGUGUUGAACUUGCUCAUUACUACCUCGGCUUCAAUGGUUGGUCAACCAGUGUAAUAAGUAUAACUCCAGUGCCUGCAGAUGCUACUCAUAGUCCACAGAGUAAUCCCGCCCCAUCCCACCCUAUGUACCGCUGCAUUGUGAGGCUUGAAAUCAAAGACAGCAGCACAUACUGUGAUGGUAUCGGGUACGGUGGAGACAGAUAUGUGUUGGAGAAAGAAAAAGACCCGGCAAAGAGAGUGGAACUUAUUGGCAUUGCAAAGAAGAUAGCCCAUAGACACGCCUUAGAGAAUGCCUUUAGAAGGGUCAUUCUGAUGGUGUUUGACAAUGGAAAGGUUGCUGUAGAGAUUAAUCAAAUGGAUAUUAUGGAUCUUGAAAUGAACUGUGUUACAGAGAAUGUGGUUCAUGUUAAUGUGAUAGAGGAACCGGAACAUGAUGAUGAUGAUGAUGAUAUGAUUGCAGCAUUGGAAGACUUUGUUAAUGAAAUGUAGUGAAAAGGGGUUGAUGGAUGGCUGUGAUGGAUUACUUUUUAUUUUAUUAGCGUAUUGGAGAUGAAAAUUAUUUGUCAUCAUGCCAUGUCUUAUGACAAUGUUAUGUUGUUAUUCAUGGAUGCACAUAUGUUAUUCAUGGAUGAACAUAAGAACAUUAAGUAGUGUGUUAUCUAUGUUGUCAGUGUGCACCACAUAAUAUCAAGUACUCAAACAAGUGUAAAAAGACCCACCUAGAGAGUAGAGAAAAACAUUUGAGUUAAACUUUAACUUUUUCAAUAUGUUUUGUGGGUGUCAGAAUUGGAAAUGUUCCAUGAAGGCUUAUUUUUUACCUCAUCCCCUAGUAAAGCUGAUUUCAGUCUAACAGGUGGCUGGAUCUAAACUCUCAGUCUUUUCCUAAAAGUUUUAUUAAAAUUCAUUAAUAACCCUGCA